AUGUUUCUACUCUUUCCGAUUCAGGAGAAGGCAGCUCUACCGUUGUUCAAGUCUAAAAUCAACAAUCAGAUGAUGAUGGGGGGUUACUACUCAUCUGAAUCCGAUAUUGACUACGAGGAGCCGCCAGAGCCCCAAUACAAACUACUAUCAGAUCCCCAAGUCUGCAUCGUGUGCAAGUUCGCCGAUGCAACAUCCCACGGCUACGACAUUGUAAUUGCACCAACAUCAUCAUCAUCGUCGUCGUCGUCGUCCAACACUAUCACUAUCAGGCCUGCCCUCCGCCUCAAAACCGGCAUGUCCACUUAUGAUGGCUUUGCUUUCUGUGGUCUGGCUUCCACUCUCUAUCUGUUUGACAUGACACCCUCCACGUCAGCAUACAUGCUUGACCUGUCCCCGCACCUCGCCUCUGGGCUGCCCACCGUGGAGUUUGGGAUUGCUGACCUCACCCUCGUGAGCUGCAUGCGCCACCCAAAGCGGAUCCCCAACGCCAUCCCCACACCCGAUGCCACAAAGAUCCUCGUCUUCUCCAGACUCAUCGAAUUCGACCGAGGCACAGGGUUAGCCGGAGGCACCAGUUUCGAGCUCUACGAUCCCUCAACUGACACCUGGCUUCUGCUCCCGGGAAUCCAAGACGAUUAUUGCUUUGGUGUGGACCAUUGCUUGGCCCACAUCACCAAGUAUGCUUUUGUGGAUGACACUACUUUCUUCAUACAGACGGCCGAGGGAAACUCAAACAGCAGCAAAAGAACCAUCUUCUGUCUCCAUCUCGACACUAUUGCUAGGGGCUGGCAGAGGCUGGACAACUAUUUUGGGGCCCACUCGGUUCUCAGGCGGCAGAGCUUCGACCGUUUUCAUGUGAUUGAGGAAACGCUGUUCGUGACGCCCCAUCACAUUUAUGAUCUGAGGAGGAGGAGGAGGAGGAGGAGAAGAGAUGAACAAGAAUCAUCUUUGGUCAACCUUGUGCUGGGGCCAUUGGCACCCGAUUUCCGCCUGUCGGCUCCUGAUUCUGUGUGGCUUCUCGAUGGCAAUAAUAAUAAUAAUAAGGUGGGGGGAAAGUACACGUUUUGCACUUUGAGGACAGGGAUAAGGAGAAGAACCCGGGAACCUAAACUUGUAAUGGCUCUCCACCAUUGUGAUGUUGCCCGCUAUAGAGAGGAUGGGGAGGAACUCAGCAACAGCAUCUUGCCUGGGGAACGCAUUGAUAUUGUUUUCCCCCUCGUCCACACCAAAUGUCGUGCAUUUGAUCCCAUCCACUUAUUCACCAUCUCCAACUAA